AUGGAAAUCGCUGAGGAAGAACACGAACAGGCUGUGGUGACUUCAAGUUCAUCACCCAAUUCAGUGAUUGAUAUUCUUGACAAAUAUCUGGAAAAAGCCGAAGAUGAGCGAAUUCUAACUCCUGAAUUGGAACAAAUUCUAUCGCAAAUCGCGAAAACCGGUUAUUCACGUUAUCCAUGGGAAAAAAUCAAACCUUUAUUUCUUCAAAAAUUAAUUGUUGUUCUUGAUGAAUUCAAUAAUGAAUUAAGUAUGGAUAAAUUGGAUAUUCAUCCAAACGUAGAUCAAUCGACAUUCGAAGAACUGAAAAGCGACAUCGUCGAACGUAUUAAUUCGUUUGAAAAUGCACCAUUUACGAUUCAACGCUUAUGUGAAUUAAUUCUCUCGCCACUUGUGACAACGAUCGACAAUGAAGGAAAUAAAAUUUAUGUUGAACCACCUCGAAAUGGUUUAUCAUCGUCAACAACGAUGGACUCGUCGGAUUCACUGUCAAAUUCUCAAAUCACGAACGGUUUUGCCAUUCCACACAACAUCAACGACAAUGACUCAAUUCGAGUCGAAAGCCAAGAAACACAAGCUGGUUCGACAACAAAUACUCAAUUAGACGAUGAGAUGGGACAAAAUACAAAUGAAGAGGAACAAGACGAGGAAGAUGAUGGUGAUCAAGAAGAAGAAGAGGAGGAAGAAGAAGAUAAACCUUCAUCAUCAUCAUCGCCACCAGCAGCCAAUCUUACUGAUGAGAAUAGUAGUUCAAGCAAUAGUAAUUCAACACCAUUACCUUCAUCAUCAGCAGAAGAUAUGCUUGAACAAUAA